GAAUCCUCCACGCACCCACCCCACCCUACCGCGCCGCCGGCCUCGUCUCCUCCCACCUCUCGCCCCUCCCGCCGGAUCGGCGAAACCCCCUCCCCCGCCUCCCGCCGCCUGCCCGCGGCGCCCGCUCCGACCUCGCCGUCCCCGAGCAACAGCAGCAGCAGCAGCAGCAGCGCUCCGCUUCCUCCCGCCUGGCUAGCCCCAGCCUAGGGCUUCCGCUCAGGAACGUAAAUUUCACUACAGACUUGAAGAUGUACUCCGCUCCAGGCAACAAUUCUUUGGCUCUUGCAGCCCCACGUCCAGGAAUGGAGCUGGGCAACGUGCAGCAACAUCCUAACCAGGCUUUUGGCCUUGGGCCUGGUGGGAAGCAACGCUCAUCCAGUCUGGAGGCGCCGAUAAUGCUACUCACAGGCCACCAGAGCGCUGUCUACUGCAUGAAGUUCAACCCUGCUGGAACUGUGAUAGCAUCGGGCUCCCAUGACAAGGAUAUCUUCCUGUGGUAUGUCCAUGGUGAGUGUAAGAACUACAUGGUACUGAGAGGGCACAAGAAUGCUAUCCUUGAUCUUCACUGGACCACUGAUGGGAGCCAGAUAAUCUCUGCAAGCCCUGACAAGACUUUGAGGGUCUGGGAUGUUGAAACUGGUAAGCAGGUUAAGAAGAUGGCUGAGCACUCAUCCUUUGUCAACUCAUGUUGCCCGUCACGCAAGUGGCCACCUCUUGUUGUGAGUGGAUCGGACGACGGUACAGCAAAGCUCUGGGACCUGCGUCAGAGAGGGGCUAUCCAAACACUUCCAGACAAGUUCCAGAUUACCGCCGUGAGCUUUUCAGAGGCCGCAGAUAAGGUUUUCACGGGUGGUCUGGACAACGACGUCAAGUGGUGGGAUCUUCGCAAGAAUGAAGUCACAGAAUCUCUCAAAGGACAUCAGGACAUGAUAACUGGGAUGCAGCUUAGUCCUGAUGGGUCGUACCUCCUCACCAAUGCGAUGGACAAUGAGCUCAAGAUCUGGGAUCUGCGCCCUUACGCACCAGAGAACCGCAACAUCAAGACCUUUACAGGGCAUCAGCACAACUUUGAGAAGACGCUGUUGAAGUGCAGCUGGUCACCUGACAAUCGCAAGGUCACUGCUGGGAGCGCUGAUCGCAUGGUCUACAUCUGGGACACGACAUCGAGGCGGAUCCUGUACAAGCUUCCUGGGCACAACGGUUCCGUCAAUGAGACCGCUUUCCACCCUACCGAGCCCAUCAUUGGAUCUUGCGGCAGCGACAAGCAGAUUUAUCUCGGGGAGCUUUAGGUCGCUGCCAUUUCCUCAGCUAGGAGUUCCUGUAAUAUUUGGGUAUGAAAGAGAACUCAAGACCGCAGGUACCAUGUUGCUCUGUCAGACAUUGAAUGUUGGAUUGCUGAUCGAAUUUUCAAACUGCUACUUGUUAAGUACC